AUGUUGUGGACAUGUAGAGUGAGUGGUGAAUUAAGUAGUAGGGACUUGGAUGGUGUCCUACAAAACUAUGCUUUGAAGGCGUUUGCUCGGCGGCCGAAGACCGGCGUGGCGUACGAUGGGGCCGUCUCUGGCAUCAGAGUAUCGGCGAUGAGGCUCAAGACCGGAGCUUUAAAGAGGAGAGGAGUGAGCAUGUACCAAGAGUUCCAAAUUCCAAAGGGAGUGGUGACACAUCCCUAUGUGGAGAGGCUUGCUCUUCUCUACCACAAUUUGGCCAAUUGGUCCUUGGCAUACUACCCUCCUCUUGAGGGCUACACCUAUUUGGCCCCGGUGAUCGGUCUCCUUGCUUACGACGCAUCGCAGUUGAAGACGCGUCUCGACAUACGAGCAUCCGGCCAACCCAUAUCCAUCAAUUUCUCGAAGCUGCUGCUGGCUCCCAUGGCCAUGCCCGCGCAUCCAAAAUGUGUGUUCUUUGAUGUCAACGGGUCGGUCUACCUCAGUGACAUGAUGUGGGGUGGUAUCUGUACAACUUUCCAAGAGGGCCAUUAUUCUGUUGUGACUAAUACUAGUAUUGCGCGAAACGAUAGUGCUAGUACUAGUUCGACUCGUUUGAAGUGGUGGAUGAUCGUUGGUGGGGUGUUGGUGGGGGCGUUGGCUUUGGGAGGAGUUGCGGUUGUGUCGAGGAGAAUGUACGAGCAAAGGAUGAAUAAGAAGACGGUUGCGGAAUUGAGUGAAGCUUUCUAUACGAGUAGCGAUGGCACACCGGCGGCUAUGCCAACAAGGACUCUUCCUAAACUUGAGAAUGAAUAUGUACCCUAA